AUGGCGCGCCACCACUACUCGCCUCCCGACUCUCCGCUGUCGUCCAUGGCCUCCGAGGAGCCGUACGACGACGACGCCCACGACGACGACGACGACGAGGCCUCCCUGCGCCCCUCGAAGCGACAAAAGGUCGAGGCCGCGUCGACGGCAUCAUCGGCCAUGGUCCCGGACCCCGAGCCCGAGCCCGUCCCCGAGCCAGAUGCCCUCGAGGGCAUGUCGGACCUGUCCUCGGACACGUCGGGCGACAUCCCGAGCUCCCCCGUCAAUGCGCGCCUCGACGAGGACGACUUCCAGGACCAAGUCUCGGUAUGCGACUGGGACGGGUGUCCCGCAGGCGAUCUCAGCAACAUGGACAGGCUGGUCGAGCACAUCCACAACUCGCACAUUGAGAAUCGGCAAAAAAAGUACACGUGCGAGUGGAGGAGCUGCCAGCGCAAAGGUCUUCCCCACGCCAGCGGCUAUGCCCUCAAGGCUCACAUGCGCAGCCACACGAGGGAAAAGCCCUUUUACUGCUACCUGCCGGAGUGCGAUCGCUCCUUUACGAGAUCCGACGCGCUUGCUAAGCACAUGCGGACCGUCCACGAAACAGAGGCGCUCCGGCCCUCGGACCCCGUGCCCAAGUCGAUGCAGAUGGGGCCCACGGGCAAGUCAAGCAAGCUGAAAAUCAUCAUCAAGACGCCGCAGUCGCAUGGCGCCGGCCACGACGACGGCGCCGACCCGUCGGUCAACGGCGAGGAGGUCAAUGCCGAGUUCUUCACGGCCCUCUCGGGUGAGUUGUUCUCGGCCGACGAGCUGGCCUACCCGGUAGAUAAGCUGUACCGCAAGUGCUACUGGGAAUCGAAGUGGGCCGACGAGGUGGGCGAGGCGCUCAAGAAGGAGUGCAAGGAGUGGGAGGAGGUCUACUACAAGGAGUGGCUGGAGAAGGAGGUGCUCCUGUCCCAGGUGAUCCAGAGCGAGGUGGACUGGCACGAGCGGCGCCAGGCCAUCCUGUCGGGCACCGCCGACGUGCAACUCCCGGGCGUCGUCGAGGCCCAGGACCCAGGGCGCCAGAUCAAUGGCGUGGACCGAGAAGGCGAGACCACGUCCGCCGCAAGUGCAGCCCAGGCAACAGAGGCCUAG